GAGAUUCUUUUGCUGGGAGUCAAUUUUCUUAACCAAAAUGCUGGCUUUCUGCCCAAGUUGUGGCAAUCUGUUGAUGAUGGAACGGGAUGUUCCCAACAACAAAUUUUCCUGCCGCGCCUGUCCGUACGUUUACUACAUUGAGCAGAAAAUUACCUUCCGUGUUUUCCCCAGAUUAAAGGAGGUUGAUCAUAUUGUGGGAGGAGCAGAAUCGUGGGAAAAUGUUGAUUCAACCGACGCAGUUUGCCCAAAAUGCAGCUACCAUCGAGCCUAUUUUACGCAAAUGCAGACGCGCUCAGCAGAUGAACCAAUGACCAUCUUCUACAAAUGUUGCCAACCCACAUGUGGACACACCUGGAGGGAUUAAUAUAGCCUCUAAAA